AUGAUGUCUUUACUUGUUCAACUUAUCCCAGUUUUGGCUUUCUACCUCAGUCUUAACUUGUCAUGCACCGCUGGUCGUGAGUAUACCUGGAAUGUCCUUAUUAAAAUAAUUAAGUAACGAACAAGUUUGAGUAGUGAAAAGCUGGCUGCGAAAUAGAAGCAAGAUAGAAACCUUAAUCCUUUUUAAGCAGGAAGCUGCUGGGGAGUAGAAAUAGACUAGAGGAUAUGGUUGCCAAAAAAACAAGUCAGAAAAAAACAAACAAAAGAAAAAACCUUCCCCAUGAAGCGAUAAAAGGAAUUCACAAAUCUAGAGCAAACUUAAUGAUACCCACAGAUAGCUUCAUAAUUUCACUUCAAAAUGCAUGAAUAUGAUAGACAGAGUAACGUUACUUUUUAUCCUUGAUGGCGUCUCAUGAGCUCAGCCUCACAUCGUAAGCCUAUCCUCAUUACACACGUGAGUUGACAAUAAGUAAGUCUUACUACGGAUCGCUGACCUAAGGGAAUUAUUGAACCCUUGUUAAGUUUCCUCGCGCAACUGACAUUGUUCUUUCACGGGGUUUCCCCCUCCCCUCUUUUCUUAAGCGGAGUGGCACUUGAGUAAAUGGUCAAUCAUUUUAUCCGCUCGUGCCAAGUAAAAAUGAUCAACUAAAAAGAUCUAUCUCAACUCAAGACAACUUGAAAAAUGGCGAUCUUAUAGUUGUUGUGACUAUCUUUAAUUAUUCGUGACUUUUCAGCGUCGUUUACGAAGGAACCUCAAUCCUUAUUAUUGGCAAGUUUGGGCUCUAACGUCACUUUUCGCUGGGAUUUUACCUAUGGUAAAAUGGGUUACUUGAAGAACUCUACGUGGGUCAUUUGGGGAAAGGUAGAUAAAUACCGUUACUUUGAGGACAAAUUCAUAACAGUUACACCGCCAAGAACUUGGGCGGCGAACACACAAGUUUCCUCAUCCAUUACCUCCAGGCUUCAUUGGAGUGGAAAUUUCAAUCAAAACGGAAGUGUACAACUGUUUACUUUACGAAAUGUGGGCAAAUCAGACGAAAUUGAUUAUGCUUGCAAGGUGAUUAUGGAUGGUACUAGUAAGACGAGUGCCUCAGUAAAACUCCUCAUUCGGGGUAAGUAAACUGACUUAAUUUUUAACUAGACAUUUUGGUUCUUGUAAUUGAAUGAUUCUCAACUGUGGUCCUUGAAACCAAAAGCAAAGGAUCUGAAUGUUUGAAAAUCAAACUUCAACAAAUCUUUAAAUAAGAAAUGUCAAUAGAGCAGGUAUGUCCCUACGAGCUGCUAUGUUUGAGCUCCCCCUCCCUCUUUAUAGAUGUUUGACCACUUUUGUCGAAAGUUAAUCAUUGAGGGAGUGAAAUAACGUCAAACCAACACUUGCACCUCAGUCUGCAAGCCAUUAUUUGUGAAUUUUCAUCUCUCGUUUUUGAAUGGGUGUUGAUCACCUUUUGGUUGUAAUUUACCGGUCGUUCAAACUCAACAACGAGACGGGCUUAUGUCAAUCACUUCAUGCAUUAUCUAUCGUGGAAUAGUGGCGAGCAGUGUAGCAAAUCGGAUUGCAGCUUUUUUUGUGAUAGAACGCUGGUGGAUUUAUCAGUUAUUUAAACUAAUAUGUUAUACCCUUAAAUUCCUCAUCAGUUCCACCAAAAAUAAUUACAAAACCAAACGCGACAGUCGAUGUGGAAGAUGGGGAGAGGGUCAACUUGGAGUGUGACGCAACAGGUGAUCCACCUCUCUCCAUCACAUGGAAAAACAAUGGUAAAGUAUUAAAGCGUGGAAAUACAAGUACAGUUUUACAGAUUCCUAACGUUCAACUGAAAGAUGCUGGCACCUACACCUGCAAUGCAACAAACAAAGUUGGAUCUGAUUUUCAUCGAGUUAAAAUGCGAGUUAUACGAUGUAAGUAAAUGAAGAUCUCUGUUGUUUAAAAUUGAUUUCCUUCGUUAUUCAGUUUCAGUUACUGUGGUGCCUUCUAAGAGGGUUACAUCUCCUUCAGUGGACACCUCCAUCAUGUUCAAAGGACAAUGCUCCAAUAACUUUUGCCUUCACUGAAGGACACCCCUCGAAAGAGGAACUCUUUUCUUUAUUGCCUGAGUGUUUCGCUUGAAUGCAAUUUUUACUAGGGUUAUUUUCUUUAAUACUUUUUAUCGAUGUAUGAAUAAUAAUAAAUAUCCAGGAUGUCAACUUAAGCCAACGUUUACAUGUAAAGUUUACAUAUUUUUUAGAUAAGGGAUUUGCUUAAAACUUGUUGACAUUUAUGAACGACACAAAAAAAAAACACCCUUAUUAGCUUACAAGAAUUAAAUAGCAAUCAUACCAGUAUGGUCAGGAUUCAUUUAGACUUACCAUGAGCUAAUUACCUGUACUCAUUGCCUCAAAAUAAAACCCAACAUAGUUUCCUUUCGAUGGUUUCUUUGAAAGUUCUUCUCUUUACCAAUAUGCAGAUAGACCUCACAUCAACAAAACAGCUUCAACAAGUCCUUCUAUAAAAUCAUGGCUCAAUCACAAUACAACCCUACAUUGUGCAUUUUAUGCCAAUCCUGCGGCGAAAUUUGCGUGGAUUAAAAAUGGCCGACAGAUCUUAAACGGAGUACAUUCGACGCAUGAUGGUAGCACGCUGACGCUGAUACCGAAAACUGUGGGCGACUUCGGUUUGUACACGUGUAAUGCAUCAAACAGCAAAGGACCUGCGUGGUAUAACAUCACAGUGGAACAACUUUGUAAGUACAAAAUAACUCCAACUCCGUUUUGAUGUUUUCCAUUCCGUGCGCUUUUGCAGUAUUUACUUAAAACCCUGAUCGUGUUUUUGGAGGUAUACUCAGAUAAAACGUAACUCAGUGGCACUGAAAUUGUCUUGUUUCAGGUGACAUAGCUCACGGGUCCGGAAACUCUUCAAAUUAUCAGACUUUUGACAAAAAUGGAUGCCCAAAGAUAGCAGAGUUACUAAAGUUGUGUUUUUCAAACUCAAUACCCAAAGAUCAAUGUCCUUAAAACUACUUUUCUUGCCUAUUAAGAUGAAGCUUAAGCUCUAAUAAUAACAGAUAAAAAAACUAAUAUUUUUCAACACUGUAACAGUGUUGCUUGAUUAAAGAGGCCCAAAGGGGAAUUAACUGAAACGAUAAUUAAUAUUUAUUCCCUCUUGCCCUUUGAAAAAAGCAUUUAAUAAAACUAAGAAGUAAUUUUAGCAAGGGUCCUAAAAGCAUGUUCGGGUCUGGGCUAAAUCUUGCUCACUAUGGUAUGAACGAUAUCAAUGAAACACUGUUAACCUGUGCAAUAUUUCAGAUCCACCUGGCCCUCCUGUGGUACAUAACAUUUCGCGGAACGUGUUGGAAUUCAACGUCACGUGGAACAAAUCGAUUGAAAAUGGAGGCAGUGUCAUACUGGACUUUAUGAUAACAUUACUGCAUGCAAAUGGAAGUAUGGUGAGGCGACAGAACGCAAUUAAAGAAACCUCAUUCCACCUCAAACAUCUGAGGCAAAACAGAACAUACAUAAUCAUAUUACAAGCAAGAAACAUCGUUGGUUAUGGAGAGUCAAAAAAUAUCACAGUUACAACGCUUGAAGCAGGUGAAAACUAGUUACUUAUUGCCAGAAGAUUUUAGCCAAUGUGUUCAGUCAGUCAGUCAGACAGACAGACAGAGAGGAAAACAGGGAUGUGGGAGAUAUAAGCCACUUUUUCAGCAAGUCAGAGUGUGUAUCUACCGCUCUGUUUUUCUGUCGGAGAGUCAGAUGAUAAAUCAGCCACUCUAUCGGAUCGUCAGUCGAUCAGUCAGUCGGUCAGUCAGUCCAUCGUCUGAGCAGUGAAACAAUUAGUCAGUCAUCCAUAUGAUAAGGUCAGGAGGUUAGGAUGAUCAGACCAUCCCCUAUGCAUAAAAACAGUUGGCUGGUUUGUCUGACGGUCGGCCAUUCAGAAAGGCAUGAAAAGGGGGAAGUGACAGUUAUUCCAAGCCAAAGAGAACGACCGUGAUUCACUAUUCAUCUAGUACGCGAAUAACGAAACUAAACAAAUGUUUUCUUCAUAGACUUACCUAGUCCACCAGUCAUAAAAGCUGCCAGUUCAGGAGCGCUCUCUUUGAACAUAUCUUGGUACUCCCCAAAUGAAGACAACAACAUCGAGGUAUUGGACUACAGAAUAAAGGUCCUGGAUGGCAUCACCAAAAAAUCAAUUAAGCAAUAUGAAAGUAUCCCAACAACGUCAUUAAUUAUUAAGAAUCUGAAGAAAAACAGUUCAUACGUGGUUGAGAUUCAGGGAAGGAAUGAGGUCGGUUACGGAAAGACAGCUAAAAUCAGUGGGACCACUCUUCCUCAAGGUAACCAUCGAGUUGCUUCGAUUCAAUAAUGUAACUCUCACCUUAAAUUUUAAGUCUUCUGAUUGGUUUCAGCAAUUGCUUGAAAUUGAGAAAAAUUUUGGUGAGGUUUUAAAUUUGUCUCAAAUCUUUAACCCAUGUUCUGGGCCAUUACUAACAUAUUUGGCAACGAAAAACAAGGGGAAUCAUUCAAUUUUCAUUUAAUACAAACCAGGUUUUAUGUUACACUGCGGGAAAGUUUUGACCACCUAUCGCUCUUGUUUUAAUAUCUUUGUGAAGAACUUGUGAUAAAGGCUAAGAAUUUGGCCGGAAUGGGGUGACAUCAUAAUUUAGACUCAAGAAGUUUUCAAAUUUGAACUCUUUCGGUAUCCUUAAAAUACCUGACAGGGGCAUUUUACAAGACUUCACUUUUAACAUUUUUUCCCCCUCUCUCUGUUAUAGGACCUCCUGAUUCACCUUCAAUAUCAAACCUUACCGUUCAUGGAAAUAACUGCUCAUUGCAAUGGACGGAGCCAUACAAUGGAAAAAGCCCAAUCACGAUGUAUACUAUACAUGUCUGGAAAAUCAAAGUUCAUUUGAAUGGUUCACUUUGCUGGAUAAAAUUCAAAACCUGUAAUACCACAAAGACACUUUCUCUCAUGCUCAACCUUGAAUGGAAUCAAAAUUAUACAGUUGCAGUUUCAGCGUGGAACAAAUACGGUAAAGGCUCCUCAUCGAUAAAAGAACGUUGUGAGAUUGGACGAGGUCUUCAAGGUAGCGACUGUCUUUUGUUGUUAUAUGAUCAGUUCUGUGUCAAACUGAGUAGACACGCUGUAUUUUAACGCAAGAAAUAUCAAAUAAUCUCAUCUCUCGAACUCAUUGAAAAAUCCAUUAGAGCAUAUUAAAUGACCACAAAAUAGGGGUCUAAAAAUCUGAUCUUUUUAUCCAAGGGUUUUCUCAAACAAAUUUUUAAACCAUCUAAAAUCAACUAAAUUGAAAUCAAUUUUCAUCCGUUUUCUCCUAUAUUUAAACAAAGACAAAAUUUUAAACUGGCUAUGAACGUAGUCACUAAUACAACAAUGACGUUGUACUUUAAAGUGGAUGUUUUGUUUUAUUUUUCGGUUUUUGGAGACACUGAAAAACUCUCCUGUUUAUAUAGCAGCGUCCUCAUUGCCACCUCAUGUGUACCUUUCUUAGAGUAAGUUUAUGUAGAGUUCAAUUAGUAACAUUUUAUUUCUGUGUUUUUCAAAUUUAUGUAGUAAUACGCUCAACUACUGUAACGAGGACUACUAAUGCUCCUACUGCCAUUCACACACAAGGUAAGUGUCCUGUCUCACCUAAAAAGAAAAGCUUUAGAAUUAAUCAUCUUGCCAACGAGCAACAUUCCAAAGAAUUUGUGUUGUUUAUGAUAAGCCUUUUGCGCUGCUUCUACCGAGUCUAUUUUUUUCUUAUUGCAGUACUACAAAUUCAUCCGGCCUUCUUCUUUACUAUACAGUUAUGUUUCUGUGUUUGCCUUGUAAGAAGAGACUCUUUUUAAAGUGAGUCUUAGUCAGUGUCUUUUCUGAUAGAGGGAAUUUAAUGGUUUUAGAUACAGAGGCAACGUCCCUUGAGGGUACAAGAGGGGCUUCAACCAUGGCUUCUACAACUGAGUCAGACAGUAAGUAAUUGGUAAUAUUUCCCUUUCGACUCUAUCUGUAGUUAAUGGAAGUUACAUGAUUGUCAACUUGAGAACCUUUGAUGGGAAUACUUUGUGAAAGUUUUCAAAUUUGUUGCAUUUUUUUAAACAGAAACUAUGGAAACCAGUAACACUGCGGUUGAAGGCAGUCCAAUCAAGUUUGAUCACCUCCUUCUGAUAUGGAUUGCAAUAUUGGCACUGAUAGUAGCAUGCCUUGUAUUCCUGCUUUGGAAAGCCACACAAAAGAGUAAGAUAUUGUAUAGAUAAGGGAAACGUAUAGUUAUAAAAACUUUGACAAAGCCUUGUCUUGCGGGAACGUAUUUGUGAAAAAGAGUUGGUGUACUAGUGAAAGUGGCAUUUUCCCACCAAUGUGGCGACGGGUCCGAACCACAUCUCAUGUGCGCUGAGAUUUUUCUUGAUUUUUGAUGAUUCUCCAAUAGUUUUCAAGGGUCCAUCUACAAACUCAGUUCUUCAAAUUUCUACUAGUCCUGGAAUAAAUUGAAGCAGAAUUUCCUCUUUAUUUAUCUCUGAAAAACAAGAAACAUCAAAAUAUUUUGUACACUGCAAUCUUCACUUGUUCUUAAAAGACGUUGUUAAAAUAUCAAAGAUGGCCGUACUGAAACCCAUUAUGUAUUUAAAGGAAGAGAGAAUUGUUCAUAAAGGGCCGAACUGUUUGGUUUUAAGUAAUGGAGACCCGUUGACGUAUGCUCUGUCUCUUACUGAAUCGAGAAGAGGUGUGAGUUAACUUUUUUAUGUCAGAAAGUUAGUAGCAACAGGGCGAUGGGGUUUAAGCCACUCCAUGCAAGUAGUCGAAAGUUCAUGCAUUUUCUUCUACUUUCUUUCCCUUUGUUAGUAAGAAAAUGCAGAUAUCAAAGAAAAACAGACCAUCUCACGUAAGUUCUUUAUUGUUUACAUACUCUUCGUUGAGCUUUCAUUAGCUUCAAAGCUAAAGCAUCACAAUGGAAAUACAGACGCAUUGCAGUAUUCUUGGUCACAAAAUGUUCAUCUUAAGGAGAAAAUAGUUGAAAAUGUGAUCCAACCAAAUUUGCGUAGCUUGCAUAGCAUAAAGGAAUAGAUUAGGGAAAUGACCAGUGACAAUAGCAGCACACUGUAAUCCGGAUUUAAGGGCUGAUUUCGAGUCCUAGCCAAGUCAUUGCGUUACAUCUUUCUACCUAAGUGUGUUUAUGGGUACAAGUAAACCUUAUGAAUUGCUGGGUCUUAAUUGCAAUGGUGUAUUUUUGUAAUACUAUAACUUAAUGUUUGCUAAAUUUACAGGGAGAGGGAAUUGGGCAAUGCCUCUUCAAUAUCUACAGCGGAAGAACCGAAAGAACUGACGGUAAAUAUUGCUUUUAUAAUACCAAAGGGGUUACUAAAGAGCCCCCUUAGAGAUUAUUUUAUGGAGUAAGGGCGCAUAAGUACCUAUCUAGGUAAGUUAGCAGUAAGUAAGAAGAUAACUAGAGUUAAAAUAUAUGCUCUGGAACCUUAUGAAAAUAAAACUGUAUAAAAAGAGACAUAAUUUUUUAGCUAUCUUCAUUCUUAUUUUGCGUACCAAAAUUAUAAAUGGAUAGAUCAUCUUAAAAUAUUUAAAGAGUUGGUUCUGUAUGAGAUGGUCAGGUAAACAUCGCAGUUCGGAGAAAUAAAAUAUACCAAUUUGAAUAUCGAAAGAUCUGUAGCUGGAGGUUGUUUUCAGGUCUCAAGGGAAAUCUUUUUACGCAUGGCCUUAUUAUAAUGAUGAUGACGGGGGAGAACCGUAAUCAAGUCGCACCUACUCUCGCCUUAGUCGACUUUCCCCUCGCAAAAGUUGACUUGCCCCCUCGGAGAUGGACUUUCCCCUCAGUCAGUGUAGACUUCUCCCUCGGCAUGAUAACGGUGAUGAUGAAGAUAAUGAUGAUAUCCAUUGCAGGUUCAAAACCAGUAUGAGAGCAUAGAAAUUUUAGAGGUACAUUAUAACGCUGGAUAUUCCUCAGAAGAGUCGAAAAACGUUGAAGAGAGUGCACCCGUGACUCAUCACUAUCAUGUCCCAGGAGGUCCUUCAGAAUAUAACCAUUUGCACGAAACAUCUGGUUCUCCUCGAUCGAAAAAAUCCAAAAAUGGAAGAAACAAACAGAGACAAGAAAUUGGGGAAUAUUCGCAUCUUUCUCGAGGUGAAUCACCAGUCAAAGAGCGUAACCGGCCACAUUUACCUAAUGUAACAUUUCUUGUUUCUCCGCGGCGUCACUGGGAAAUCUCAAGGGACAGAAUAAGGAUUGAAUCUACCAUCGGUCGUGGAGAGUUUGGACUUGUUAAGAUGGGUCAUGCUUUGGAUGUUACCAAUGACGGAGGAUGGAGCGUCGUCGCAAUAAAAACAUUGAAAGGUAAGAGAAAGAGUCAUUCAAGUGCAUAUAUUAUUUCUGGUUAUCUAUUCUGGCUGUUGCGCUCUGAACUCUGAAUCCACGGGCCCUGGCUCGAGACCUUACCGGCUGAUUGUGCUUUGUUGUUCAACAAACUUGUUUAUCGCAGUCCCUCGCUCCAAUCAGGUUUGGUAACACUAACCAGCAACCGGCAGAAAGUUCUGGAGUUAAAAUGACACAAUUUAACAGGCUGUCCAGGAGUAGUAAAGAUACAUUUAGUUGCUUGAAGCAGGGAAAGCCAUUUUCAUUGGGUAUAUGAGUAAAGAACCCUUCAACCUGUGAGAUUAAACCCCCAACGGUUGACCCACACCACGGUAUAACGAAGGUUACUUAUCUUUGCUCUAAAUUGAUCGAUGGGUCUUUAUUUAUUAAUUCAUUUUGCCAGACAAUGCAAGUGAAUCACAUCUCAAAGACUUGCUAUCUGAACUCAAGGUCAUGAGAGAACUCUCGCCACAUAAACACGUGGUACAACUUCUCGCUUGCAUUACAAAAUCAGGUGAGGAAAUCAUCACUCAUUAACUGUUUACACCAUAACAUAUUCUUCACAUUGUUCUCAGCACACAUGUUAAGGUGUUGACAAGGAUAAUUUCUUAAAAAUCAAGAGUUUAUUUUGUGAUCGUGACCUUAAUGUGUGACUCAGGGGUCAUACUGUAGGGAGAAAUUAGAUGCUUGGUCACCAACUUUUGCUGAGUGAAAGCAGGCAAACUGUAAGAAACGCUUGAAAACGCGAGACAAAAUAAUGAUGGGUUGUUUUGAAUCUGAUUGGUUGGGAAAAUAGUGCAUGUUUCCUGGACUAAUUCUAGAGCGAAGUUAAGCAAAAUCAAAGCAACCAUGGAUUACUUUCUACACUCCAUUGACAACUGUUCCGUGAAAUGCUUAUCACACAUGACUUUGGAGUAUUCGUUAGCUCACCAACAAGAGCUCUAAAACUCAGUGGUUGAGCAUCAAGGGGUAGAAUUGGAACUCGCUGGUGUUCGAAUCUUCCUAAGGUUAAGAUUUCUCCUUAUUCCUCACCUUUAACAAGGGUUUGAAAUACUUCUUAUUGUUUGAUUAUCAGAGCCUCUGUGCGUGAUCACAGAAUUUGCACCUUACGGAGACUUACUGGGCUUCUUGAGGAAGAAACGAGGCUUCAAAGACGAUUACUACAAUAUACAGCAGCUUCCUAACGUACGACUUACCUCACGACAGCUUAUGACGUUUGCGUGGCAGAUUGCUGAUGGAAUGGCGCAUCUUAGCGCAGCGAAGGUAACUAACUGGCUCAUUAUGGUAGCAGAUAUAAAAUGGUUCCACUAGCCUGGUAGCUCACCACUUUCUGCAUCUCAUGUAACAUGAAGCAGCCCUCCUCCCAACUAUUUUUUUAGUUUACCCGAGGAUCUUGCUGGUAACUUUUUUUGAAAUCCUUUCAAUUGUAAAAUCUGAGGUUUUCUUCCGAUUCAGAGAUUCUCUCUACUACCGACUGAAAUUGAACUCUAGCUGUGAAAUUGGAUAUAGAAACUGUGAGAUUGUAAAAAGGAUGUGAAGGGAAAGGCAGACACUUAUAAGCGGAGUAGGAAACAAUUACACUUGAGGCUUUUGCUACUGAUCAAGGUCUCUUGCCCAAGAGGAGAACGAAAUGAACCAGCUGAGGCUUGCAGCCGUCCCCUUUCGACCCGGAUCCCUGCCAACUGACUACCCGCCUUGCCUUAUUGACCGAGUUUAUCAAAUAACCUACAAAGCCUAGUGUCAUUUACAGCUAGUAUACUUCUUCACACUUUUAGAUUAUUCAUCGUGACCUAGCAGCUAGGAAUGUCCUGUUGGGAGAGAAUUUGACGUGUAAAGUUACAGACUUUGGGAUGGCGCGAAACAUCCAUGAAAGGGGCAUGUACCAAAAAAGUUCUGAGGUAAGUAAUAUGCGUAGGCGUGAAGUCUAAUGUUUCAUUUAUAGCAUUCAAGAGAUCUCAUUUAAACAAGAGUGAUAUGGAUCGUGCUUGUUUCAUUUAUCACAAGUAGCGUUCAUGAGAAUAUAAGACCUUAACACCAAAUUAGAAUAGCCAGAUUAUUAUUUCUUGAUGUCGUCCACAAUCCUUUUUCAGGGACGCCUACCAGUGAAAUGGACAGCUUUGGAGGCGUUAGAACAUGGACAAUAUACAACAAAAAGCGACGUGUGAGUUUUACAUUUUUACGAUUUUUUAGAUUAAAUUGUGAACAAUUGAACAUCACUGUGACCUUUUGGUUUUUCUUUUUACUCCUUUAUCAGAUGGAGCUUUGGGGUGCUUCUCUUUGAAAUAGUCACUAUUGGUAAGAUUAUAUUCAGUUUGAGUUUAGGAAAUUGUUAAAGCACUUUCUUUGCCUUCUACAUCAUUUUUUUUUCUUUUUUUUUUUUUGGAAUCUUUUCUUUUGCUAAAUGAGGUUAAUUCAUUCACUCCCUCACUGAAACACUCAUUUAUUGAUUUUACUGAUUUUUCCAUCCAUCUAUCAAUCCAUUCUUUAAUUUUUCAAGAUUUAACAUUCCAUCCAUCCCUCAACCUAUUCUUCCUUCCGUCCGUCAAUUGACAUAUCCAUUCUUCCAAUCAUCCAUUCAUUCAUCGUUCCACACAUUUAUUCCUCCAUCCAUCCUUCCUUACCUUCAUCCAUCCAACCAUCUAUCCUUCCUUAAAUCCGUCAAUCCCUCCAUCUCCACAUCCAUCCAUCCAUCCAUCCAUCCAUCUAUCCAUUCUUCACUCCCUCAAUCCUUCCGUCCAUCCUUCCAUCCUUCCAUCCAUCCAUCCAUCCACUUAUCCAUUCAUCCUUCAAUCCUUCAUCCUUCCAUCGAUCCAUCCUUCUUUUCAUCCCUCCAUCUAUCCUUCCAUACAUUCAUCCAUUCAUUCCGAAAUCCGUCAAUCCUUCCAUUCAUCAAUCCAUCCAUCCAUCCAUCCAUCCAUCUAUCUAUCCAUCCAUCCUCCUUCCAUCCACUUAUGCUUCCUUCCAUUCAUCCGUCCAUCCAUCCAUCCAAUCCAUCUAUCCAUCCAUCCAUCCAUCCAUCCAUCCAUCCAUCUAUCCAUCCUUCCAUCCAUCCAUCCAUCCAUCCACCUAUCCAUCCAUCCUCCUUCCAUCUCCUUAUCCAUCCAUCCAUUCUUUAAUCCUUCAACCCUUCCAUCCAUCCAUCCAUCCAUCCAUCUAUCCAUCCAUCCAUCCAUCCAUCCAUCUAUCUAUCCCUCCAUCCUCCUUCCAUCCACUCAUGCUUCCUCCCAUUCAUCCUUCCAUCCAUCCAUCUAUCAAUCCAUCAACCCUUCAGCCCAGCAAUCCAUCCUUCAAUCCUUCAAUCCUUCCAUCCAUCCAUCCAUACUUCCGUCCUUCCUCCCAUCCCCCCUUUCAUCCUCCCAUCCAUACAUCCAUUCAUCCCAUCCAUUCUUCCACCCAUCCAUUCAUUCAUCGUUGCACACACCCAUCCCAUCAUCCAUCCUUCCAUCCAUCACUCCAUCCUUUCAUCUCCCCAUCCAUCCCUCCAUCCAUCUAUCCAUCCAUCCAUUCAUUCUUGCAUUUAUUUAUCCAUUUGUUCAUCCAUUAAUCCUUCCCUCCAUCCAUCCUUCAAUCCUCAAUCCUUCCAUUGAACCAUCCUUCUUUUCAUCCCUCCGUCCUUCCAUCCAUUCGUCCGUCCAUCCAUCCAACUAUCCAUUUAUUUGUCCAUCUAUCCAUUCAAUAAUCAUCCAUUCAUGUUCGCUUGUUGGUCCAUGCAUUUAGUCGUCUAUUUUAAUUUAGUUAAUUUCUUCAUUGAUAAAAUCGAUCAUUCCGUUCAUUUCUCCAUCUGUUUAUUAAUAACUUUUUUAAUACUAAAUGGUGAUAAACGUUUGUUGUUAUCAAUAGGUGGCCGCCCAUAUCCCGGCAUGGACGUGGUAGAGCUGGUGGAGAAAUUACGAAGAGGUUACAGAAUGGAAAAGCCGCAGCAUUUAGACGAAAAAGUGUGAGUAAAAAUCCCUCAAACUGGUCUAAGUGAACUAAGAUAAAUAGGUGUGAUGAAUUUCCUGUUUAUGCUGUGGAUGUUUCUAUUUCAGAUAUGACCUAAUGCUUUCUUGUUGGAAUGAAGAUCCCGAAAAACGAUUGACGUUUUCACAACUUUACAGGGCUCUAAAGCAACUGGAUGGGGAGAUUGAGGUAAACUGUACACAAAAACUCAUAGCGAUUUUUGUUGAUCAUUUCCGGCCCAGCUGACAAAAACGAUUUGCGCAGUUGUAAGCCCGCACCCUAGCUUCAACACAUUUAGCUUGGAUUAUUCAAACACAAUUUUAUACGCGACCCGACGGGUUUCUUCGAUUAAAUCAGACUCUCUUGAAUGUUUUGUGUUGUUUGGUUCCUUUGUUUAAAAUCUGAUUCAUGAAGAAUAAUUCCUUCACUAUUCCAGGACUGCAUCAACCUGACGACAUACAAUGGAAGAGUGUACGAGAACGUUUAAUGCCGCUGAGAUAGAAACUGGCUUUGUUUUAUCACUGAUGCAAGAAAUCGCAGAUCACAAAACUCCUGUUUGAAAUGCAGUCAAUGGUGCUGCCUUGUUAAAUAUUGACAGAACACGAACUCCCCUCUAGAAAAUAAGAAAACCGAGAACAUUACAGUAAAAAAUGUAGUUCAUUGUAACACUGAGGAGAUGAAGAAAAUUAUCCAUGGGAAGGACAUUAAAACAAAAUCAGUACCUUGUAGGCAAAAGUGUUUAUCUUGUCUGGCAUUUAUAAUUUUUUUUCUUGACUGAUAACGAGUCUUGACUUGAGUUCAACUGUAGUAUGCAACCUCAAAAGCGUUUGUUAUAAGAGCAACUUUUAAUUGAGUGUCGAUAAAAAUCUGGGACUGCACAUGUCGUGCCUCAGUACCAUCCACGAUUCUUGUAGGAAACUUUCACCUCCUUCGUAGCCAAUCAGUUGCUUAGCUGAAAGGAAUCACGAACUGCCGCUCCCCGUUUCACUGCGCUUGGGUUGACCGGAGCUAUUUGGGCAGCUUCGCGUAGUAUUUAUCUUUGAUUUGAUUUAUCAUCUCGAUCCCGUUAUUUUUGUUUUUACGACACUCAAUCGGAAACAGCUCUGAAUCAGGCGUUUGAUUCGAUCUGUCUACGAGAUAUCUAAUUUAUAUUAUUUCAAUUUCCAAGAAAUUUGUACUCGUCUGUAAAAAAUUAAAUUAAUUUUUUAAACUUGUUUAAGCUUCGAUAGCUUCAAGUGACCUAUAUUUAACACCCUUAGAGUUUCAAUGAACUUUCCUAUCAGAUAUCAUAGGAAGAGCUGGCUGAUAAAAUGUCCGUUAGGAAGUAUAGAUUUAUAUUGAUGAUGAAACCUCGACAAGCGCACAAUGAUAGACCAUUUCACAAAAAUGUACGCCCAACUUAUUCAUAUGGCACAAUAACAAACACUUCUCACUGAUAGAAAUUCUACGGCCUACAGGCUUUCUACUGAAAAUUUUCAAGUCAUUGCUAUUCAAAUGAUCGCUCAAAAUGGCAGUUGAUUUCAAGAUUUUUCUCCAUGGCCAAUGAUUAGUGCAAAAUGUCAAAGUUUUUUCAACCUUAAAAUUUCGUUUAAUAAGAAGGAAACAAUAGCGGGCUGAACAGAAAUUUGUGAAAUCACCAGAAAGAAGGAUUCUUAUUUGGGCGCCAAAGUAAAUUUUCGGCCUAGUCUGGUUUAAAUUUUCAUUUACCAUUUUGAGAAACCUUUCCAAGAUAAUUUUCAAAAAUAGAUAACAUGCAUGCUUGUUAAGUUUGUAUGAAGACCCAUUGAUUUUUUUUCAUUAAAUGCUAUCAGUGAAAGUUUUACUGAGAAUAUGACACACCUAAAAUCACAGCUGUCAACGUUCAAACUUUCCACUUCAAUUGUAGAAAAUACCACUCUAUAAUUUAUUUAUGUUAUUGCACCGUAAGUUUAUAUAGCAUGGAGUUCGUUUUAUUUGUACCUCUUUAUUAUAUUUCAUAUUUUUGGUAUUAACCGUUUUGCAUUCUAUGUUAAUCAUUUUCCUGAAUUAUUUCACUAAUGUAAUUCACUUUAUCAUUUUACAGAUUUAUAGUUUUCUGCUAUCGCGAAAAAAGGUUUUGCUUAUCUUUAUGUACGAGGUAUAAGCUCGUGAGAGACUUACCUUGUUCGAAAUGAAUCUGGAACCUUAUUGCAUUGUUUGGAAUUUACUUGGAAACUUAUUACAUCGUAGAAAAUACCAGUCUUUAUCAUAUUUAUCUUACUAUACUUAAUUUUUAUACAGCAUGAAGUUCUUUUAUUUGUACCCUGUUUGUUCUAUUUCAU